AUGGCUACGUCAGUUCGGGCAAAGCCAUUGAAAACGAAAUCGGACACGAGUCUCACUCAAUAUACAAAAGCUAAGAAAGGUAGUAAACAAAAACAGUUUUCCGUGAGUUCUCGAAGCAAGAGCAAUGCUAGUUUCCGAAACUUCCAAAAAUUACACCGUGUUAGCAGCCAGGAGGCGAUAAACAAGGGAUUACAAGAUCCUAUGAAGAAGUCGAGGAGUUCAGAGUCCUUAAACAAGAGACGGGUACAUAGCGGAUUGAGUAUGACUGCAUUAGUUAGAACCAGAUCGCAUCCAGUAGUGCUGCAUCCCCAUAGUCAUAGUCUAAAACACAAAGGUUUAAUGAGCGGGAAAGGAAAUGGUGGAUCUAAUAUUAUUCUCGAUUUCCAUGAUUCCGGUGACAAUGAAGAUGAAUCCGCAACCGAUGAGGAAGUUGAAUCAUUUACGGACGAAGGCGACGCUGAAUAUGCUUAUGAAAUAGAUGAUAUGAAUAAUGGAGAUGAAGCGCAAAAGAAACUUUCGCAGAAGAGCUCACAUCACAGUUUACAUGGGUUUCAGGAUAAAGCUGCUACCUUGAGAAUGGAUGGGAACAGGCCUAUCCAGAGAGCGUUAAGUUAUAAACCUCCAUCGAGGCUAAGAAAUAGAGUUGAUACUUAUGAUGAUCAGAUAUCUGCAGAUGCAACAGGUUCGGAUAGUGGUGAUAAGAUAGAUAACAAUCCUCAUAAUGAGCAUGAUGAUGUUAUUGACUCAAAUAACCAAGAUGGCUCUUUUAAUGCAAACAGUCUAAGAAGGCAAGGACAGCAUAUCUUUAAUUUCCCUCAUGAGGAGUCUGGGGCACAACAAAAUCAACUUCAGCAGAAGCAACAAUAUCGAAACCAAUCCGGUGUUAGUUUACAUGAAGAUUUGAUUCGUAAUGACGCCCUUGUUAAAGAAGAGGAGAAUAAUCAAGAUUCCCAUAUUCAAAAUAUAAACGUUGAACGAAAAGGAAAAGAAUUCGAAGAUACUAUUCCUGAAGCCGUUAGUCCAACACAAAAUGGUACCAAGGAAACACCACAUGAUGCCGAGAACAGUAAUAAUACUGGCAACCGCAAUAACAGAAAUGAAACUAAAGAUGAUGAUGGUUACAAUGACGAUAAUAAUAACAGUAAGAAUGGUAAUAACGUUAGUAAGAAUGAUGAUGAUGAUGAUGAUGAUGAUGUAACAUUGAACCCUGCACGAGCUACGGUAGAAGCCCAAGCAAGUGAACAAUAUGUACCUGAUAUGAUAUUAUCCCAAUCAACAGGGAUGGAAAAAAGAUUUGACCAAUUAUCACGUCAAAGUUCUUUGGCAUGGAUCAAUACAUCUGAUCAUCCAGCAGAGAGGGGUGUUAAAAUUCAAAAUGACAAGUCUAACACGUUCAAUUAUAUCAAUCAAGAUUUGGCAGCUUCUAUAAAGGAAGAAACUAUUGAUGAGUCCGUGCAACAGCAACAGCAACUAAUAAUGUUACAAAAACAGAAACAACAACAUAAAGCAACUAAAAGUGACUUUUCAACUUCUAUUUCUAGUUUAACUAGUCAUUUAACAAGGCCUGUCUCUCGUGAUCAUAUGCUGAGAGGUGGACCUAGCUCACAAUCGCGCAAUGGGCAACCGUCCCUGUACAAACAACCUUCAUUCAACGAAAAUGAGGUUUCAAAUAGCAUGACAGAUUUCUCAUCAUUCUUGCAGUAUGCAGAUGUGGGAGGUGAUUCGAGAACGCAGCAAAAGCUAUGGUUACAAAGAGAAAACUCUAUUCAAGACUUAACUAGUCAAAAUGUGUUUUCUGACUCGAUAUUUUUGGCAGCGAAUGUUGAGGUUAGAAGGGAAUUUGAAAGAAUAUCCCGAGAGUAUACCAAUGUAAGAAGAUUUUCUAAUCCUUUGGUAGAAUCUAUUAGUAGAAUAUCUCAACAACAGAGUAUCGAGAUCCACAAACACAAGAAAACAACCCCGUCUAAGUUAUCCGGUAACUUUUACAAUGUGGAUAAUGGCAAAACAAAAAUUACAAAACUAGGCGAGUCACUUCCAUCUGGUAGUAAAAUGGAAGUUCAACGAAUUUUAACGAAGCUAUGGAAUACUAGUACACAAGAAUUUCACAAAGAUGAAAAUCCUUUAAUGAACAGAGGGUCAGAACUGCUGGCCUCGCAAACUUCUGGUACUUAUCGUAGCAUGCGUCCAUCUAGAAUCGCAAGUUCGCAACAUCAAAGAGCUGUUAAUUCACUCCAUCCGACAACUCGAGCUGUUAAUAGAAGAAUGGAGUAUGUGUUGGGUCAGCAGCAUUCUUGA